AUGCGCCGGUUCCACUUGGCCCUCCUCGCCGUUGCUGCGCCGCUAGCAAGCGCUCGCCAGGGCGGCUUCAGCAUUCACGAGGAUCUCGUCGCCUAUCCCCAGUACGAGGUCGUCUUCUCUGAAUCCUACAUCUCCAAGCAUGACGCGGCAGCUCUCCUCGACCCUCUACAUCCUCAUUCCACAUACGCCGCCGACUUCCCCUCUCAGUCCGAUCUCCUCCACAAUAUCCGGGAAGCUGGUGCCGAUGAUGACAGAGAGAUAGGCGGGUCUCCCGGCCAUGCUCACGGCCACGGGGGAACCCAGGAGACAUACGAAUUGGUGCACCUUGGCGACACAAGCUACCUCUGCUCCAUACCCGUUUUCGAGCCGCCGACGGCACCGAACGAGACAGCGACGGAACUCGCCAAACGGGAAGAAGCACGGGAACUCGCACGAGCCUCGGAAGCCGGCUGGGACCUCCUCGGCGCGCUCGAAGGCCAGUGCCUGUACUUCAUGUCCGGCUGGUGGAGCUACAGCUUCUGCUACAACCGCGAGGUGGUCCAAUUCCACGCCCUCCCCAUGAUACCGAACGGCAAACCGCCCGUGCCCGACCCGGAAACCAUGCAAUUCGUUCUCGGCCGGGCCACGAAGCCUGCCGCCUCCUCCCACCCACAGCAACGCCAGCAGCAAUCGCCGCAAGACGGCGGCGAAGCGAAUUCCGGGCCCGAGUCGUCGUCGUCGUCGUCCAUGACCACGGACAUCCAGCUGAAGGGCGACCAGCGGUACCUCGUCCAACGUCUCGAGGGCGGCACGCUGUGCGACCUGACGGGGCGCGACCGGACGAUCGAGAUCCAGUACCACUGCGUGCCGGGGAUGAAGGCGGACCGCAUCGGCUGGAUCAAGGAGGUCACGACGUGCGCCUACCUCAUGGUGAUCAACACGCCGCGGCUCUGCAACGACGUGGCCUUCCUCCCGCCGACGCAGACGAGCGCGAACCCCAUCAGCUGCCGGCUGGUCCUCGACACGGACGAACCGGGCGCCGAGGCGGCGUGGCGGCGGCGGCAAAAGACGCUCGAGGCCGAAGCCGAAGCCGAAGCCGAAGAAGCCCGGCAGCCGUCAUCGUCGGACGGCGCGCCGCGCGACCCGCUGUUCGCGGAGAACGAGCGGCCCGAUAUCGCGUCGGGGGCGUUUUACGACGGGGACGAGCCGAUUACUAUCGGCGGCGUGGUUGUGGGCGGGCGGAACGUCUUGGGUCAACCGGGCCCCGAUGGCCAGGCGGGCCAGGAGCUCAAGUUGCCGCGCCAGGGCCAUGAUCACCUCCCCGGUGGGCGGUACUACAUCGAGGGCGAGGGGGAGAUGUUGGCGAGCCGGACGCCCAAGUCGCAGGGCGGCGAGUACUGGUCCCUCUCGGACGAGGAGUUGGAGGAGAUGGAGCUUGAUGUUGAGCUUGUGGAGACGAUGCGGAGGGAGGUGGAGAAACUUGCGGGCGAUCGCGGCUGGCGGCUUGAUGUGGUCGAGACGGCGGGCAAUCCGAGAGAACUACGGGGCUAUAUCCAUGAGGAUGACUAUGUUGAUGAGGAGGAUCAGGGCGAGGGCGAGGGGGAGGCGGAGGAGGGCCUCGAUGGGGAUGAUGCUGGCGAGGAGGGGAGGCAGGAGCAGCUCUAUGCGAGGGACUGGUAG